CACUGACACUUGUGCCAACAGUUAAACAUAUAUUACAAAGAUGAAGCUGCCGAUGGCACGUCUUCUGCCAGGCACGCUUUCCACUUGUCGAGGGGCAGCUCCAGAACGGGUCGGUACCUGGCAUGUGGAAUGCUGGGGACCCUAACUCUGCCUGCGCAGUGCGUCAUUCCUCACCAAAAAUAAUAAUAAUUCACGACCGCGACAAAACCACGCCAAGGCACGCGACACCCGUUCAACGCGCACAAUCCAAUGUCGGCGACAGAAGCGACCAACGACAUGUUCGCGCCGCCCGUGAACCGCGCCAUGAAGGUGCUGGAUCGCAGCUUCUUCCAAAAGACCAUCCCCACCUCGGCUGCCCGCAUCUUCAACCCCAAAGACAUAUCGCGAUGCCGCAAGGAACUCACCGCCAGCAAGGACACGCUCCCAAACAAUCGGGUGGACCCUAUAAGAGCUGACCCCGAUCCGGAAAGAGCGACCAAAGGAACAAAAUGCCUGCUUCUGCGACCAGAAAUUGUCCAUGGUGAUCGGACGACAUGGUCCCCUAAGCUACAGAGCCUUGAGCAAGACGGUACACUGGGCGUGAUACCCUACCAGCUGCAGCUCGAUUACGACUACUUCACUUACUCGGAGAUAACGAGUGCCAUCAUUCCCCCGCCCGAAUCCGUACACGACGACGAGAUACCCCAGGGCUUUGCCCUCGCUGGUCAUGUCGCCCACCUGAACCUCCGCGAACGAUACUGGCCCUACAAACACCUCAUCGGGACUGUCCUUGUGGACAAGAACCCCAUGGUCAAGACUGUCAUCAACAAGCUUGAUAACGUAGGCACCGAGAAUGCCUUCCGCACCUUCCAGUACGAAGUGCUCCACGGACCAGAUGACAUGAACGUCGAACUGCGCGAGCAAGGCUGUACUUUCAAAUUCGACUUUGCAAAAGUGUACUGGAACACACGUCUACACACCGAGCACGAGCGCCUCUGCAACAUGUUCCGUGAAGGCGAGGCAGUGUGCGACGUCAUGGCCGGCGUGGGACCCUUUGCCAUACCAGCUGGAAAGAAGAAGUGUUUCGUCUGGGCCAAUGACCUGAACCCCGAAUCCUACAACUCGCUCGUCGGAAACAUCAAGAUCAACAAAGUAGGUGACUUUGUCCGUUCCUUCAACACCGAUGGUGGAGCUUUCAUUCGUCAAGCAUCGGCCGAUCUGUUGACCAGCGACGAGCAUUCCGUCGCCAUCUAUCCCAAGACAAAAUUCUCUCGCAGCAAACCAGAAGAGAAUAAACAACCAGAGCCCCUCAAGACGCUUGUUCAGCCACGCUUCUUCUCACACUACGUCAUGAACCUGCCCGCCUCUGCCAUCACUUUCCUCCCCUCCUUCAUCGGUCUCUACGCCAACGUCCCUGGCCACUCCGCUGCUGAUAUCAAGAAACUCCUCGCACCGCACACUUCCCAGAAGCUGCCCAUGAUCCACGUACACUGCUUCUCUACAAAGAGCGACGACAACGUAGAGGAGAUCAAGGGUAUCUGCGACGAGGUUAGCAGGCAGUUGUGUACAACCAUCACACCGGAUAUGGAGGAUGUGUAUAUACAUGAUGUAAGGGACGUAGCGCCUAAGAAGAGGAUGUUUUGUGCAAGUUUUAGAUUGCCCGAGGAAGUUGCUUUUAGGCAAAUAUAG